UACAUCAAAUCUUAUUUGCAGGAAAAUGAACGGCAUCAACCUAAACGAAACUACUUUACCUCAAGACGACGACCUCAUACCUCAGUCUCAGGGAAACGGGCAGGUAACGAAUGGGUUUUGCAACUCGAACGGCUGCAUAACACCGACACCGAGCGAGUACCUAAACAGUGAGUUAGACGCGAUUGAUAAUUGUAAUAACGACUGCAUUUACAAGAAUAACUUGCAAGCGUUGAGCGACGAUUCGGUCGAUCUAAUGGACUCGUCGAAGAUGUUAACGAAUUUAAAUUGUGACGAAGGUAACGUAAUUGCUCAAGAAGAAAGUGAUACGACGAAGAGUGACGAUAAAUCAAUUGAUAGUCGUGAUAAUCAUUUUGGAAGUAGUGCCGUUAGUUGUAGUAGUUCGGACGAAAGUGCUUUCAAGGUGAACUGUGAUGUGAUAAAUAACCAAAAGACUGAUAAUAAUGUUAACGAAACAAAUUUAGAUGCGGUAAACGUAGCGAAGCAUCUUUGCGAUGUCAACGGUUUUGAAAGUAUAUGUUUAAGACCGCCCUUUGACAUUCCAAAGACUCAUUUAAAAGGUGACAUCAAUCAUAACGGUGAUUUAAGAACGGCCGAACUCGAUUCGGACACCGAGUGCACGGAGGCUAGUGAAAGUAGGUCGGAACGUACCUUAGCUCAUCCGGCGAAUCCUAGCGCGUUACAUUCCGUCGAGACCAGCACGGAGACCUUGACCUCUGAAAAUGUCACCUGCAAUUCGAUGCCAAAACAAAUGAACGGAUUUGAACGACUUUCAAGUCCCGACGUAUUUAAUGGAAAUUUCGAUUUCUGUAAAGUGUGCGCCCAAAAUAUUAAGUUUAUACACGGCAAACAUAGUCAUAAUAGUAAUAAUACAAGCGGAAAAAAUUCACGUUACUCUACGCCACCUCUAUACUCGCGUACGCCUAGCGGGAACAACUGGGAAACGACGCUCAGCUCUGUCAGCGAACAGAAGAGCGUGGCCCUGCAUCAGUCUAGGUUAGGAGACGACGGACUAGUACCCUUACGAUCUGAUAUGCAAGAUAGGUUAUGGCAAAUAAUAAAAAAGCAAAAGAGAAAGGAGGAGGCACUUCAGAGGGAGCUGCAUACGUAUCGGCAGGCGCUAAUCAAACAGGUCUGUCACCAGUGCAACUACAAUGACGGAGAGAGAAUAGACGACACGAGUGACAAAGAAGAUGGCGAUAGUUCGUUUUUGAGGGUCGCAAGCGAGUGCGUUGAUUCGCCGAUGGCAGCAAUGAAUUCCGUGGUGGAUUCUAAUUGCAGCGCGGGCGAGGGCCAAGCGUCGGCGGUCGAAUCGCUGCGUUCGGACAUAUCAUGGGAGGCGGUGGAGGAGGGGCCGGCGUUUCCCGAGGGCAUCUCGACGCUCUGGGUGCCCGACCAUGCGGUCUCGAGGUGUACGGGUUGCCAAACGCAGUUCUGGCUCGGAAGGAGGAAGCACCACUGCAGUUUAGAAACGGAGAAUAGUGAGCAAUGGACAUUUUGCAGAAAUUGCGGCCGAAUCUUUUGCGCCGACUGUUCGGAGAACAGCACGCCGCUGCCGUCCGAGCAGCUGUUCAGUCCGGUGCGCGUAUGCACGACGUGCUUCGCGAAGUUGCGCCGCGACUGCGCCGAGAUACCCGACCACUGUAAGCACGUGGGCCCGCAAACGACGACCGCGAAUCCGCAAAUAACAGCAUCCAGUAAUUAAGUUUGAUUGUAUUAUUUUUAUUGUAAAGUUUUUUGUAUUAUAUCAAUGUUUUUAGGUUUACAUCUGUCUGGGUUUUGUAAAUAUUUUCUAGUGCACUGUUUUUGGUCACGUUUUUAGUCGAAAUGUUAUUUUAACCUACAUUUUAUGUCGAAUCUUGUGAUGUGUUUGGAGUUGGCUACGAAACUGAAAAAUUUUCCGAUGUAGCUUCCACGGUGUAUAAUCAUAACCACGCUUUCUGAUCAAUGUUCAAUUUUCCUGUCCAACUCUUAAACCGUUUUUAUAGCUUUAUUUUUAAAGUGAUGCACAUUUUUUAGUUUUAGUAAUCCUGUUAACGUCCAUUAAAUAAAGGUUACUGUGAUUUUAAAAGGAAAUGUUCUUGAGAAAUGCUGUGAUGGAAUAUUUUUAAUGCUUUUCAUCACUUUAAUUUAGACGGUAAACAUCAAUUGUGACAAUAUAUGUAUACACUAUUGGGACUCAAAGGUUUUGAAGUGACCUCUGUCUCGAGCAAAUGUUAACGAAGAAAAAACACUUCAAAACUUUCGCAGACGAUUAAAAAAAAAGACGUUCCGAUGGCCGACGGGCGGGCGUGUACUAAUUGUAAUAUAUUAUUUUCUAAUAGGGAAGUAAUUGCAAAAGUCAGUUCCGAUUUUUAACAUCUUAAUCCCUUUCGUUUAGAAGCAAUAAAAAUGGGCAUUAUAACAAUAUAAUUUUUAGCGGGAUUCCCACAUUUUCUAAAAGGAUUUAAUUUUUCAAUUUGAUAGAUUUUGCAUUUACUUAAAUAGACAAAAGAAGGUAGUUGUACUAGAAUAAUAUACAUGCAUUAUAAUGUAUUGUAGAUGAGACAAAAUAUACACUAU